GGCGCGGGGACGGCUCCGGGGGGCGGGGGCCGGGGCCCGGGCCGGCUCGCGCGGGGGGUAUGAUGACCCGGCGGCGGGGCCCCGGAUCUCGUCUCCUCCUCCGCCGCCUCCUCACGGCAGCCCCGGCUCGCGGCUGAGAACCAGACCCACCGGCGGUUUGUAAUUUGUAAUGAUGGUGGAGACGCCGUGGGACCAGCCCACCUAAUAUGUGUCUGGGCAAGGCGGAUUUAGAGGUCUGGCUCGGAGGGAAACUUUUGCCGUCGGUCGCCACUCUCCCAAAGCUUUCGUUUAAAGAAAAGAGAGAGAGACAGAGAGAGAAAGAAAAGGUCUCACCCUAGGAAGAAAAUUCCUUUCCCAUUUUGCAAAGGCAAAUUUUAUGGAACAUAAAAUCUUACGUCUAGAAAUGGCUGCUUUUAGCUGAAUUUCAAGGUUUUAUAUAGGUAUGGCAUCACAGCUGCAGGUGUUUUCCCCCCCAUCAGUGUCGUCGAGUGCCUUCUGCAGUGCGAAGAAACUGAAAAUAGAGCCCUCUGGCUGGGAUGUUUCUGGACAGAGCAGCAACGACAAAUAUUAUACCCACAGCAAAACCCUCCCAGCCACACAAGGGCAAGCCAACUCCUCUCACCAGGUAGCAAAUUUCAACAUCCCUGCUUACGACCAGGGCCUCCUCCUCCCAGCUCCUGCAGUGGAGCAUAUUGUUGUAACAGCUGCUGAUAGCUCGGCCAGUGCUGCUACAUCAACCUUCCAAAGCAGCCAGACCCUGACUCACAGAAACAACGUUUCUUUGCUUGAGCCAUAUCAAAAAUGUGGAUUGAAAAGAAAAAGUGAGGAAGUUGACAGCAACGGUAGUGUGCAGAUCAUAGAAGAACAUCCCCCUCUCAUGCUGCAAAACAGGACUGUGGUGGGUGCUGCUGCCACAACCACCACUGUGACCACAAAGAGUAGCAGUUCCAGCGGAGAAGGGGAUUACCAGCUGGUCCAGCAUGAGAUCCUUUGCUCUAUGACCAAUAGCUAUGAAGUGUUGGAGUUCCUAGGCCGGGGAACAUUUGGACAGGUGGCUAAGUGCUGGAAGCGGAGCACUAAGGAAAUCGUGGCUAUUAAAAUCUUGAAGAACCACCCCUCCUAUGCCAGACAAGGACAGAUUGAAGUGAGCAUCCUUUCCCGCCUAAGCAGUGAAAAUGCUGAUGAGUAUAAUUUUGUUCGUUCUUAUGAAUGCUUUCAGCAUAAGAAUCACACCUGCCUUGUGUUUGAGAUGCUGGAGCAGAACUUAUAUGAUUUUCUAAAGCAGAACAAGUUUAGCCCACUGCCACUCAAGUACAUCAGACCAAUCUUGCAGCAGGUGGCCACAGCCCUGAUGAAGCUCAAGAGCCUUGGUCUGAUUCACGCUGACCUUAAGCCUGAAAACAUAAUGCUGGUCGACCCAGUGCGCCAACCCUACCGAGUGAAGGUCAUUGACUUUGGUUCUGCUAGUCACGUUUCCAAAGCUGUGUGCUCAACCUACUUACAGUCACGUUACUACAGAGCCCCUGAAAUUAUUCUUGGAUUACCAUUUUGUGAAGCCAUUGAUAUGUGGUCAUUGGGCUGUGUGAUAGCUGAGCUGUUCCUGGGAUGGCCUCUUUAUCCUGGUGCUUCAGAAUAUGAUCAGAUUCGUUACAUUUCACAAACACAAGGCCUGCCUGCUGAAUAUCUUCUCAGUGCUGGGACAAAAACAACCAGGUUUUUCAACAGAGAUCCUAAUUUGGGGUAUCCACUGUGGAGGCUGAAGACACCAGAAGAACAUGAAUUGGAGACUGGAAUCAAAUCAAAAGAAGCUCGAAAGUACAUUUUUAAUUGUUUAGAUGACAUGGCUCAGGUGAAUAUGUCCACAGAUUUGGAGGGAACAGAUAUGUUGGCAGAGAAGGCAGAUCGAAGAGAAUACAUUGAUCUGUUAAAAAAAAUGCUAACAAUUGAUGCAGAUAAGAGAAUUACUCCUCUGAAAACUCUUAACCAUCAGUUUGUGACAAUGACUCACCUUCUGGAUUUUCCACAUAGCAAUCAUGUUAAGUCUUGCUUUCAGAAUAUGGAGAUCUGCAAGCGGAGGGUUCACAUGUAUGAUACAGUGAGUCAGAUCAAGAGUCCCUUUACUACUCAUGUUGCCCCAAAUACAAGCACAAAUCUAACCAUGAGCUUCAGCAACCAGCUUAAUACAGUGCACAAUCAGGCCAGUGUUCUAGCUUCCAGUUCUACUGCAGCAGCUGCUACACUUUCUCUGGCUAAUUCAGAUGUCUCACUGCUAAACUACCAGUCGGCUCUGUACCCAUCAUCUGCAGCACCAGUUCCUGGAGUUGCCCAGCAGGGCGUAUCCUUGCAGCCUGGAACCACUCAAAUUUGCACUCAGACAGAUCCGUUCCAACAAACAUUUAUAGUAUGUCCACCUGCUUUUCAGACUGGGUUACAAGCAACAACAAAACAUUCUGGAUUCCCUGUGAGGAUGGAUAAUGCUGUGCCAAUUGUACCCCAGGCGCCAGCUGCUCAGCCACUACAAAUACAGUCAGGAGUUCUUACGCAGGGAAGCUGUACACCACUAAUGGUAGCAACUCUCCACCCUCAAGUAGCCACCAUCACACCGCAGUAUGCGGUGCCCUUUACUCUGAGCUGCGCAGCCGGCCGGCCGGCGCUGGUUGAACAGACUGCCGCUGUACUGCAGGCUUGGCCUGGAGGAACCCAACAAAUUCUCCUGCCUUCAACUUGGCAACAGUUGCCUGGGGUAGCUCUGCACAACUCUGUCCAGCCCACAGCAGUGAUUCCAGAGGCCAUGGGCAGUGGCCAGCAGCUCACAGACUGGAGGAAUGCCCAUUCUCAUGGUAGCCAGUACAGCACCAUCAUGCAGCAGCCCUCCUUGCUGACUAACCAUGUGACACUGGCCACUGCUCAGCCCCUGAAUGUUGGUGUUGCCCAUGUUGUCAGACAACAGCAAUCCAGUUCUCUCCCUUCCAAGAAGAAUAAGCAGUCUGCUCCAGUCUCUUCAAAGUCUUCUCUGGACGUUCUGCCUUCUCAAGUCUAUUCUCUGGUUGGGAGCAGUCCCCUCCGUACCACAUCUUAUAAUUCCCUAGUUCCUGUCCCAGAUCAGCAUCAGCCAAUCAUCAUUCCAGAUACUCCCAGCCCUCCUGUGAGUGUCAUCACCAUCCGCAGUGACACUGAUGAGGAAGAGGACAACAAGUAUAAGCCUAGCAGCUCUGGCCUGAAGGCAAGGUCAAAUGUCAUCAGUUAUGUCACUGUCAAUGACUCUCCAGAUUCUGACUCUUCCUUGAGCAGCCCAUAUUCCACUGAUACCCUGAGUGCUCUCCGGGGCAAUAGUGGAUCCCUUGUGGAGGGGCCCGGCAGAGUUGUGGGGGAUGGCGCUAGCACCCGCACCAUCAUUGUGCCUCCACUGAAAACUCAGCUUGGUGACUGCACAGUAGCAACCCAAGCCUCAGGUCUCCUGAGCAGUAAGACCAAGCCAGUGGCCUCAGUGAGUGGGCAGUCAUCUGGAUGCUGUAUCACCCCCACAGGGUAUCGAGUUCCACGCGGGGGGACCAGUGCAGCACAGCCACUCAACCUUAGCCAGGCUCCACAAGUCAAGAGGGAUAUGAAGAACUUAGAGGAGAACAAAAGAAAACAAUGGCAAGAAAGAAAGGAUCUGUUCUGCCAAGAGGUGGAGGGAUGGAGGCUGACUUCUGACAGCAUUGCCAGCCUGGGAGCUUCUGUGCUGUUGCAGCCCAGGAGCAGUACAGAACCAGCAGUCAUCGUCAGCGUCGACCUCACAGGAGAGAAGCAGCAACCCUGCCCCCCGCAGGCAGCAGGCGUUUGUGGCCCCGCUCUCCCAAGCACCCUACACCUUCCAGCACGGCAGCCCACUCCACUCGACGGGGCACCCACACCUGGCCCCAGCCCCCGCUCACCUGCCAAGCCAGCCUCACCUGUAUACGUAUGCUGCCCCCACCUCCGCUGCUGCAUUGGGCUCCACCAGCUCCAUUGCUCAUCUCUUCUCCCCCCAGGGCUCCUCAAGGCAUGCUGCAGCCUACAGCACCCACCCCAGCACCCUGGUGCACCAGGUCCCUGUCAGUGUUGGGCCCAGCCUGCUCACUUCAGCCAGUGUGGCCCCUGCUCAGUACCAACACCAGUUUGCCACCCAGUCCUACAUCGGGUCUUCCCGAGGCUCAACAAUUUACACUGGAUACCCACUGAGUCCUACCAAGAUCAGCCAGUAUUCCUAUUUGUAGUUGGUGAGCAGAGGGAGGAGGGGUCAUGGCUGCCUGUUCCUGGCCCUGAGUUCUUAAUGACACACGAUGAUGAGCUCCUCCCAUAAGCCCCUCCAGAAACUCCUUAGCCAGCAACUUGUCCUGCAGGGGCCCACUGAAGCAGAAGGUUUUUCUCUGGGGAACCUGUCUUAGUGUUGACUGCAUUGUUGUAGUCUCCCAAAGUCUGCCCUAUUUUUUAAUUCCUUAUUUUUGUGACAGCAUUUUUGGUAUUUGGAAGAGUUGAGAUGCCCAUCUUCUGCAGUUACCAAGGAAGAGAGAUCGUUCUGAAGUUACCCUUUGAAAAAUAUUUUCUCUCUGACUUGAGUUCUAUAAAUGUUUUUAAAACCAAGUGAAGCCCCCUCUUUAUUUAACUUUGUUUUAUUGUAAUUGCUGGUCAGAGGAAAAAUGCUGAUAGAAGGACUUGAAAUCUGGUAACAAGUGAGAAAAGAAAAAUAAUCACUCUUCUGUUUGUUUAAAAACCAAGACUUAAUUGCCUAUUUUAAGAGCAGCUUACACAAGUCUGUAUUUGACUAUCAGGCAUUUCUCCUCAAAAUCUUAUCUUUCUUUAUGGGACUUUAGACUUACAGUGUUUUAGUUUUGUUUUUGUGUCAUGUUAUACUUACUGGGCAAUUGUUAUUUUAGCAAAACUGGUUAUAAACUGCUCUAUGUUACUCUUGGGAUUCUCUCAGUUGCUCCUGUGUUUAUUAUAAAGUAGUGUUAAAAAGGCAGCUCACCAUUUGCUGGUAACUUAGUGUGAGAGAAUCCAUAUCUACCAUGUAAGCACUAGGUAUUCUUUUUAAAUGAAGUACCAUGCAUUCUUCUUAAGUUAUUUUUAAAAGUCUUUGUCUCUGUUUCAGCUUAAAUUUUAUUAUUGGAAAAGCCAUUAAGGUGGUUAUUAUUUUAUGGUGGUGGUUGUCUUAUACGCAAUAUCUCUUUGUAUUAUGCGAUACUGGUAUUGAUGAGCUUUGUCUAAAGUUUUUUGGCAUUGGUGAGCUUUGCCUAAAGAUUAAUAUGAAUUUUCAAUAAUACACCUCUCUCUCUCUCUCUCUCUCUUUGCCUCAUCUCUCCCUUCUGUUCUAUGUGAUUUAUCUGGGGAGAAAGCAAAAGGAUCUGAAACCAGAUAAGAACUUUGUGUAUAGCUUUUAUACUUUAAAGUAGCUUCCUUUGUAUGCCAGCAGCAAACUGAAUGCUCUCUUAUUAAGACUUAUACAAUAAGUGCAUGUAGGAAUUGCAAAAAAUAUUUUAAAAAUUUAUUACUGAAUUUAAAAAUAUUUUAGAAGUUUUGUAAUGGUGGUGUUUUAAUAUUUUGCAUAAUUAAAUAUGUACAUAUUGAUUAGAAAAAUAUAACAAGCAAUUUUUCCUGCUAACCCCAAAUGUUAUUUGUAAUCAAAUGUGUAGUGAUUACACUUGAAUUGUGUAUUUAGUGUGUAUCUGAUCCUCCAGUGUUACCCCGGAGAUGGAAUGGAUGUCUCCAUUGUAUUUAAACCAAAAUGAACUGAUACUUGUUGGAAUGUAUGUGAACUAAUUGCAAUUAUAUUAGAGCAUAUUACUGUAGUGUUGAAUGAGCAGGGGCAUUGCCUGCAAGGAGAGGAGACCCUUGGAAUUGUUUUGCACAGGUGUGUCUGGUGAGGAGUUGUUCAGUGUGUGUCUCUUCUUCCCUUUCUCCUCCUUCCCUUAUUGUAGUGCCUUAUAUGAUAAUGUAGUGGUUCAUAGAGUUUACAGUGAGCUUGCCUUAGGAUGGACCCCACGCUGUUCACUGGGAUUUAGCAGAACAGGAUCAGUAGCUGUGCCAUGUAAAUGCAUUGUUGUCAGUUUCCCUGCCAAGACUGAAAAAUAAAAACAGCAGCUUUUCUCCUUUACCACCACCUCUACCCCUUUCCAGUCUGGAAUCUCAGCUGAGUUCUCACAGAAGCAUUUCCCCCAUUUGGCUCUCUCACGGUGCAUUGCUACCUUGCUUCUGUGAGAAUUUGGGAAGCAGGUGGGAGGAGUCAAGCCAGUAUGAAAUAUGUGUUUUUUUCUUUUUCUUCUUCUUUUUUUAAGUAUGUGCAAUCACCUUUUAGAAUGAGAUUCUUUUCCCCCUUUUCCCAUGUGGCAGUCCUUCCUGCAAAUAGUUGACAUUCCUAGUAAAAUAUUUGCUUGUUGAAAAAAAACCUAUAACAGAUCUGUUUAUACCAAAGAGCCUGUUGUAUUGCUUACCAUGUCCCCAUACUAUGAGGAGGAGUUUUGUGAUGCCGCUGGUGACAGGGAACUCAAAGGUUUCUGAGCCGGUGAAGAAUAUUAAAAAGAAACCAAAACCUAUCGAGUCAUCGGGCUUUGGAGGUUUCUUUUUAACAACUUGAGUAUUCUUGGGGCUGUGAAAUUGUCCUUGUACUCUCAGCUCCUGCAUGGAUGUGAGUCAAGUGGAGGGUACUGGGGAUUGGGAUGUUCCUGCCCAUAAAAGAUUUGGGGGAAGAAAGUUAACUCUAAGAUAUAGAAGUGUUCCAUCUGAAUUGAAAAUUCUGUUAUUUGAGGGCUAAGUCUAGGACUGGUUCUUUGUAGAGAUGGCGUCAAGGAGGUGCAGGAUGGAGAUGGGAGAUUUCAUGGAGCCUGGUCAGCCAGCUCUGUACCGGGUUGAACACCGAGGAGCUGUCAAGGUAUUUGGAGUUUCUUCAUUGUAAAGAGUAAGGGCUUCCACGAUGGGGCAGAUAGUCAGUACAGCCUACCAGGAACAUGUUGGUGUUUUCUGCUUUUCUUUCUUUCUUUUUUUUUUUUUUGAGGAGUGGUGGUGGUGGUGGGGUUAUUCUCUUGAGUUGUGUUUGCACCGUUAUAUUGGUGAAGAUACCCAAGCAGUUUUUAUAGUUUCUGUCACUGGUGUUACAUAGUUUUCUGGUCUGCGUGUGUGAUCUUUGUGUUUCCUCAUUUGCUGAGUGUAUUUUUAUUUUCUUGCUCAAAGGCAGACCUAAGUUUCCAGGAGAAACAUUUCAUUGUUCCUCUUUCCUCUACAAGGGAUAAGAUUUGUUGUUUCUGUAACAAAUGAGAUGCAGGGAAAAUAUACAGAACACUCCACUCCUGCCCCGCCCUGUCCAAUAAGUAGAUACCACUUAAGAUGUGAGUCUUACUAACUUAUGGGGAAAAGACAAUACCAAGAGCGUGUAUUGUUAUCUUAAUCACCUGACUAGCAAUGUGUGGCUUUAAGAAUUUUAGAAGUUUUCAGCCUUAGUCUGCAAAUUGGCAUUUCAAAUUUACCGAGGUAAAAAUCUGUGUCUGCUGAAUUUUUAUGUGCUCCAUGUGGCUUUAGAUUCUGUCCCUGGGGUUUAACAUUGCCGGCCCUGACAGGAUGGGGGAAGCCCUGCGAACUCAGCCAGUGGCCUAGCCUCAGACCAGCUUAAGGCUUUACGUCCUUUCAGAACUUGCGUUUCCAGCUUCUCCCCUGCAGGGUUGAGAGAGAAAGCGGGGAAGGUUUAAGUACAGCCACUCUGGGCUCCUGGGCAACUUGAUCACUCCAGAGUUUGAAGAGCCUGCAGGAGGGAAUACUGCUGUCAGUACUCAGCUCAGAUACCAGCCCCAGGAAUAAGAACUCCAUUUCAAACAGUUCUGGCCAUCCAUCGUCCUCCACUAGAGGGGCUCAGCUUGACUGCCCUUAGCCAGGCAAGCACAGUAAUGUGUGUUUUAUUCAGCAUUAUUAUGCAAAAACCCACUGGUUAGGUUGGUUUGUUUUAGGAUAGGAAAUGAAAUUGCCUCUCAGUGACAGGAAUGGCCCAAGCCUGCUUCCUAUUUUAGUUUUUGGUUUAUUUUAUUUUUUUAAACUGAUGGAUGGUGCAGCAUGUCUACAUGGUUGUUUGUUGCUAAACUUUAUAUAAUGUGUGGUUUUGAUUCAGCUUGAAAAAUAAUCUCACUACAUGUAGCAGUACAUUAUAUGUACAUUAUAUGUAAUGUUAGUAUUUCUGCUUUGAAUCCUUGAUAUUGCAAUGGAAUUCCAACUUUAUUAAAUGUAUUUGAUAUGCUAGUUAUUGUGUGCGAUUUAAACUUUUUUUGCUUUCUCCCUUUUCUGGUUGUGCGCUUCCUUUUACAACAAGCCUCUAGAAACAGUUUCUGAGAAUUAUUGAGCUAUGUUUGUAAUGCAGAUGUACUUAGGGAGUAUGUAAAAUAAUCAUUUUAACAAAAGAAAUAGAUAUUUAAAAUUUAAUACUAACUACGGGAAAAGGGUCCAUUGUGUAAAACAUAGUUUAUCUUUGGAUUCAAUGUUUGUCUUUGGUUUUACAAAGUAGCUUGUAUUUUCAGUAUUUUCUACAUAAUAUGGUAAAAUGUAGAGCAAUUGCAAUGCAUCAAUAAAAUGGGUAAAUUUUCUGAUU